AUGGCUUCUUUCAUCCCCCGUCAGUUUCGCGCAAGCUCGCAGGAUGAAGCACCUGAACCCAGCUGGUUGAGAAACAAGAUUACCGGUACUCUACAAUCUGUAGCUCGUCGUGCCUGCGCUCAUCCCAUCCAUACAAUUGGUGUCAUCGCUCUUCUUGCCAGCACCACCUACGUUGGACUUCUCGAAGGAAGUAUCUUUGAUUCCAAAAGUGGAUCUGGGCAACUAGAUCCUGCUUCCUUGUUGCACGGCAGCCGUAACUUGCGUCUUGGAGAACAGACUGCCUGGAGAUGGCAGCUGGAGGAUAAAGUGGCCUCUGAUCCUAGCGAGAUUUCCCAGCACUUGGCCCUGACUACCUUUAUCUUUUCCGAUUCAACUUCGACCAACACUCCCGCCAUUGAUGACAUUAUCAUCCCAGAAAAUGUCUCUGCCAUCCACGUUCCGCAAACCCCUAACCUCUUUUCUUCCUUCUUGCGUGACUCCUCCGUCGCUCUCGCGGUUCCAUACAACGAACUCCCGGACCUUUUGCGCGCGGUGCAGGAAAUCAACGACCCAUCAACCGAAGAUGAUGGACAGGAGGCCCGUAAGUGGAUCAUGAAGGCUGCUCGAGGAGAGGGAUCUCGCCGUGCUCUGAAGCUUUACGUCUCUGACGCUUGGAGCUCUUUGGUCGAUUUGAUCAAGCAUGCCGAAACCAUUGACAUUGUCAUUAUGACAUUGGGCUACAUCUCCAUGCAUCUUACCUUUGUGUCGCUCUUCCUCUCAAUGAGACGACUAGGUUCGCAGUUUUGGCUUGCCUUUUCUGUUCUCCUCUCCAGCGUCUUUGCUUUCUUAUUCGGUCUUUUAGUCACCACAAAGAUGGGCGUUUCAAUCAACAUGCUGCUACUUUCCGAAGGUCUCCCGUUUCUAGUUGUUACGGUCGGUUUCGAAAAGCCCACACUCCUCACCAAAGCAGUCUUGUCAGCAUCGCUGAAGAACAAGGCUGUUGCCAAUGGUAACAGUCGCACUUCCAGGUCUAUUCAGGACUCCAUUGAGACGGCUAUAAAAGAAGAGGGCUUUAAUAUCGUCCGGGACUACCUUAUUGAAAUCACUGCCUUGGUAAUUGGUGCUGUCUCUGGAGUGCACGGUGGUCUUCGCCAAUUCUGCUUCCUUGCCGCCUGGAUCUUGUUCUUCGACUGCAUUCUAUUGUUCACAUUCUAUACUUCAAUCCUCCUUAUCAAGCAAGAAGUCAAUCGCAUCAAGCGUCAUGUUUCCAUCCGAAAGGCCCUCGAAGAGGACGGUGUUUCUCGCCAAGUUGCUGAAAACGUGGCUGCUAGCAAUGACUGGCCCCGGGCGGAUUCCAGCAAUAGCAAGGACGGCAAGACUGGCACACUUUUUGGCAAGAAAGAUCAGGCUGGCAGCGUUUCAAAAUUCAAGCUUUUCAUGGUUGGAGGUUUUGCAUUGGUUAACGUGAUCAACCUAGUGUCCAUUGGUUUCAGACAACCCGACCAGGAGAACUCUCUUCCCGUUUUGUCGAGAUUCUCCAGCGUGCUCGCUUCGGCUCCUAUUGACCCCUUCAAGGUCGCGGACAACGGUUUGGAUUCUAUCUAUGUAACUGCCAAGAGCAACAAGAUGGAGACCUUGGUUACCGUGCUGCCACCCAUCAAAUACAAGCUUGAAUUCCCCUCAGUUCACUACGCAGAUUCUGAGCACGGCGGCAACUUUGAUAUCGAAUACUCCGAACAGAUUCUUGACGCCGUUGGUGGAAAGGUCUUGGAAAGUCUUUUGCGAAGCGUCGAGGACCCCGUAAUAAGCAAAUGGAUUAUUGCAGCCUUGACUCUUAGUAUUGUUCUCAACGGUUACCUGUUCAAUGCCGCCAGAUGGGGCAUCAAAGAACCCGAGACCGAAGCUCCCAAAGUCGCUCCUGUCGUCGAAGCUCCUAAAGUCUUUGUCGAGUAUAAGGAUGAUGGCAAGAAGCGAACAAAGGAAGAAGCUGAGGCUUUGGUGAAGGAGAAGAAGGCUUCAUUGUUGAAUGAUGAAGAACUCAUUGAAUUGUCAUUGCGCGGUAAAGUCCCUGGCUAUGCUCUUGAAAAGACCAUGACCGACCAGCCUAUCAUGUCUCGUGAGGACGCUUUUGUCCGAGCUGUCAAAAUUCGACGCGCCGUCGUUUCACGCACUCCUGCAACUGCAGCCGUUGCCAGCAAUCUGGAAACAUCCCUUGUACCAUACAAGGACUACAACUAUACUCUUGUUCACGGAGCAUGCUGUGAAAACGUAAUUGGAUAUCUUCCUCUUCCUCUUGGUGUUGCUGGACCGAUGGUUAUUGACGGACAAAACUAUUUCAUUCCUAUGGCUACUACUGAAGGUGUCUUGGUUGCUAGUACUAGUCGAGGUGCUAAAGCGAUCAAUGCCGGUGGUGGUGCGGUUACUGUGGUCCAUGGCGAUGGCAUGACUCGUGGUCCUGGUGUCAGCUUCCCUACACUGGUUCGAGCUGCUGAAGCUAAGACCUGGCUUGACUCCGAAGAGGGAGCAAGCGUUAUGAGAACCGCCUUCAACUCAACUAGUCGUUUCGCCCGUCUUCAGCACCUCAAAACAGCUCUGGCCGGUACUAAUCUUUACAUCCGAUUCAAAACCACGACCGGUGACGCCAUGGGUAUGAACAUGAUUUCCAAAGGUGUCGAAAAGGCACUUGAAGUGAUGGCUACUGAAUGUGGAUUCGACGAUAUGAACGUCAUUUCCUUGUCUGCCAACUACUGUACCGAUAAGAAAGCCGCUGCUAUCAACUGGAUUGAUGGUCGUGGUAAGUCCGUUGUUGCCGAGGCCAUCAUUCCUGGAGAUAUUGUCAAGUCCGUUUUGAAGAGCAGCGUCGACGCCAUGGUGGAACUCAACAUUAGCAAGAACUUGAUUGGAAGUGCCAUGGCUGGUAGUCUUGGUGGUUUCAACGCUCAUGCAUCCAAUAUCGUUACUGCUAUCUUCCUGGCCACAGGACAGGAUCCUGCCCAGAAUGUAGAGAGCAGUAACUGUAUCACACUUAUGAAGAAUCUUGAUGGAAACCUCCACAUCUCCGUAUCCAUGCCAUCCAUCGAAGUCGGCACAAUCGGAGGUGGUACUAUCCUCGAGGCUCAGUCUGCCAUGCUCGAAAUGCUCGGUGUCCGAGGACCUCAUCCCACCAACCCAGGUGAAAACGCCCGUCAAUUGGCUCGCAUUGUUGCCGCUGGUGUUCUGGCGGGUGAGCUCAGCUUGUGCGCUGCUCUUGCCGCUGGACAUCUUGUCAAAGCACAUAUGGCACACAAUCGCAGCGCAGCACCCAGUGCGGCGCCAACACGCUCUUCAACUCCUGUCUCGGCCGCAGUCGGUGCUGCAGCUGCACGAUCUAAAGCAGGGUUGAGUAUGACUACGACUGGUAGAUAA